GCCGUUGUUUCUUACAUAUCACGAGCCAUCCCCAAGCCAAAUUGCAACUUGCUGUUGGUCACAUAGACUGCGCCAGAAUAUAACCACAGCAGAUAUAGCAAAAAAACCAUCAUUCGACUGAACUUGAAGAACGCGGUCGCCGCUGGGGUCGGAUCGACUCCAGAACUCUACAUGCAAUCAUCCUAAACCUCCAGAUCGAUCUCCCUCCACUCAUCGACAAUCUCAUAGCCAAUCCACCACAUUCUCCCGCACAAUGUCUCGUCCGGGCGGCACCAGCACCGUCUCGAUGCGCCAUGCCUCCAACAACUCCUCCGCCGCCUUCAUCUCGGCCCCCCUGCCGCCAGUCGACGACGACGAAGCCUGUCCUGUAUGCAAAACCACCCGCUACUUCAACAAGGACAUGGAGUUCCGCAUCAACACCGAGUGCUACCACCGCAUGUGCAAGACCUGCGUCGAGCGUAUCUUCAAGGACGGCCCUAACCAGUGCCCCUAUGCGGGAUGCCACAAGACGCUGCGUCUGAGGGGCUUCAAGACGGCCUUCUUCGGCGACCUGGGCGUCGAGCGGGAGGUUGAUAUCAGGAGGAGAGUGGCGGCGGUGUUUAACAAGGCCGAGGAUGACUUUGAAAGCCUGGAUGCGUACAACGACUAUCUCUACAUGGUGGAAUGCCUCACAGACGACCUCGUCAACGGAAGCGACGAGGCUAGGAAAAAGGCCGAGGUCCAGCUCGCCGAAUGGGAGGCCCAGCACAAGGCCGAAAUCGAACGCAAUCGCAAACUCGCCCGCGAAUCGGACGAGUCACGGCAGAAGCGCCUCGCCGCCGAGCAGGAGGCAGCUCGCCAGCGCCGCAUACAGGAACUGCAAGAGGACGCCGAGGAGAAGGCCAGCGCUGCUCGGUUCCGCGAAGAGAUGCUCAACUCUUUGCAGAACGCAGAGCUGGGACAUGCUGCAGAGGCGGUCGAUCGCGUGCUGCUCAAGAAGCGAGGCCAGCAGAAACGCGACGCUACGCUGGAUGCCGUUGCGGCAUUGGGAGGCAGCGGUCUGUCGAUUCGCGGUCUGAGAGACAAGCGAGCUCCUGUGGCGGACGACAAGCCGUACGAUCCGUUUGGCGGCCUGGAUCUGGCGCCGCAAAGAGUCGACUUGGCCGGCGAGAAUUUAUCGCAGUAUAAGAGCGAGUGGCUUGAUAUUACGCGCACGAAGGAAGACUACAUCGUGGGCGGAUACAGUUCUGAGGAGUACCUCACGAGAGCGCUGUUUGAAGCUUUCUCUGGUUUGGGAGUCUUCAUUGAGGACGAUAAAGAUACCAGAGAAGAUGCUACGGUGGCGGCUUCCUUGGAGGCUGGCGCUGCGGUGUCUGUCGGUGGAAAGAUGGACGUGGAUGAUGUGUUCUGAGAGACUCUCUCAGUUACGAUAUUUCUCGAAGCCCUUCUGCUAUUUCUCAAGAGUAUAUCCGUGUGUUUUUUGGUUGCAUUUUUCUGGCGUCAACAGGAAGAAAACAUAUCAGGAUGAAAGCCAUAAUAUCCCAUCCUAAUGGAAAUGUUUUCAGGGAGGCCGGCGUCUAAAGACUGGUGUCUUUCACAAUAUUUUUU